CGAUUUAGCUGGCCCAUGAUGUAAUAAAUGCGGAAAAGUUUAGAAGUUGAUUUUUCUUUUCUUCUUUCGUUUGUUAUCAUGUUUUCGCGCUCAUUUUUAAACAGCCACAAGCAACAGUUUGUUAGACUCACAAGACAAUAUACAACUCAAAAGACACCCAAUGCUUGGUUUGGCCCCAAACUUAAGAAAUUAAUGCUGUAUUCCAGUGUUGGGCUUGGUUCCGGAGGUCUUGCUUACUAUCUGGCUCAAGAUCCAGAUAGAUUUGUAGACGUAUUCGGUGCUCAUGAACAUGUUCCUCAAUUAGCGCUCUAUCCUCAACGCGGCGGUGCCAAGGGCUUACCAGUAGCAACUCAUUUGCUGGAUGAUACAGUCGAAAAUGAGAAAAACAAAAAGCAGCGUCUUGUUAUCCUUGGAUCUGGAUGGGGUGCAGUGUCUGUUCUGAAGAACUUGGACAAAGACAAAUACGAUGUUGUCAUUAUUAGCGAGAACAAUUACUUUUUGUUUACGCCCUUAUUGCCUAGUGCUACUGUAGGUACAUUGGAACUAAGAUCUUUAAUUGAACCCGUACGUAAGAUUGUAUCUCGCAUCAAUGGUCAUUUCUUGGAAGGAAGAGCAGUCGAUAUUGAUCUUGAUAAUAAAUAUGUUGAAGUCAAUGGUGUCAAUGAUGAUGAAAACUUUUAUGUGCCCUAUGAUAAGUUGGUAGUUGCUGUAGGUGCCACAAGCAUGACACAUGGUGUUGAAGGCAUCGAAAACACAAACAGACUCAAGACAAUCCAAGAUGCCAUUCAGAUUCGUCAUAAAGUGACAGAGAAUGUAGAAAAGGCUUGUUUGCCUACAACGACACCUGAAGAACGUAAGCAACUACUUUCCUUCGUUGUCUGUGGUGGAGGACCUACAGGUGUUGAAUUUGCUGCAGAAAUGUCUGAUUGGAUCAAUGAAGAUUUAGUAAAAUGGUUCCCUAAAUUGAUUCGUGAAGAUAUUUCUAUCCAUAUUAUUCAAUCAAGAGAUCACAUUCUCAACACAUUUGAUAGCAAGAUUAGUGAUUAUGCCGAGAAGAGAUUCGAUCGCGAACAUAUCAAUGUCAUUACCAAUGCUCGAGUGGAGCGCAUUGAUAAGAAUGAAGUUGUCUAUAAACUCAAGGGAACAGGUCCUAAUGAAGAGCCUGUGGUAAAGACGUUACCUUAUGGUCUAUGUUUAUGGUCUACAGGCAUAGCCAUGACUCCAUUCGCAAAGAAAUUAACAGAGAAAUUGCCAGAGCAAGCACAUAAGCGUGUAUUGACAACAGAUGGAUAUUUGCAUUUGAAUGGUUUAGAAGAUCAAUCUAUUUAUGCGUUAGGUGACUGUGCAAGUAUUGAAAACCCUAAAUUGUUGGAGCACAUCAUGGAGUUCUUUGAGGAGGCAGACAGUGAUCAAGAUGGUAGUUUACAAUUCGAUCAGUUCUUAGUUGCUUGUCAGACUAUGCGUACACGAUUCCCCUUAACAGAUCAAUACUUGACCAACCUCGAGAGAAUGUUUAGAAAGUAUGAUUCUGACAAGAAUGGUGUCUUGGAUUUCGAAGAAAUGAAGUGCAUGCUGAAUGAUAUUGACAAGAAAUUAACUAAUCUUCCUGCUACUGCUCAAGUAGCAAGUCAGCAAGGUGCUUAUUUGGCUAAGUAUCUAAACAAAUUAGCAACCGAAAACAGUCCCGAUGAAUUGAGCACUAAACAGGCUGUGGGUGUGUUUCGCUAUAACCAUCUUGGUACUUUGGCUUAUUUAGGUAAUACGGCAGUCGGUGACUUCAAGUGGGGAUACCAAAUGAUUGGUGGAUUGUGGGCAUUGUAUCUAUGGCGUAGUGUCUACUGGAGUGAGCAAGUUAGCAUGCGUACUCGAAUGAAUCUCAGUAUUGAUUGGACAAAACGUGCAAUUUGGGGCAGAGAUAUUUCCACAGUCUAAAAAAAGUGUGCUACACAAGUCAUUUUGCUUGUCGGCUGAUGAACUCUUUGCUUUUUAUAGAAAGUGCCCUGCACGCUCUCUUGUUUUUUUCAUAUUAAAAUUACGAAAAGCAUUUGAUUUCUUUUCUUUUUUC